AUGCUGUCCCCAUGGUCUUCCAGCUCCGGUCACCCCAGACCAGGAUUCCUCGGAUUGACACCAUCAGUAUCAUCGACACGAGGAAGCCUAGCGCCCUCACUAGUCAUUUUCCGGCCCUACCACGUCACCCUCCGAACCCUCGACCACCAAAACCGUCCACCCAACAACAUCGACGACCCCACUUCCACUCCCGUCGGCACUAAAGCAAUCGACGACGACAUUCAGCCCCAACAAAAGAACCCCAUCCCACCCAACACCGAGCCAAAAGCCCGGAUGCUCAUCGGCUUCACCUGCACCGUCUGCAACCACCGGUCCCACAAGACAAUGUCCAAACACGCCUACGAACAUGGGGUGGUUAUCAUGCGAUGCGAUCACUGCAAGAACCGCCAUUUGAUUGCGGAUCAUUUGGGAUGGUUCAAAAAUGGUGGAGUUACGGUUGAGGAUUUGGUCAAGGAGAGGGGGGAGACGGUUCAGAAGUUGACUAAGAGUUAUCAGUUGGUGAAGGAUGGUGAGAUGGCUUCUUCCGUAGGAACUGGAGUAUCGGCGGCAUCGGGGGCAGGGGAAGGAGCAGGGGAAGGAACAAUUCGCGCAACGGGAAUAGAUGGAGCAGUGACGGAAAAGACGGAAUUGGAGUUGGCGUUGGAGAAAGCCUCGGAGGGAAUGUUGGAAUGGAUUCCCAAGGAGAUUCUAGAACAGGAGGAGGAGCGGAUGAAGAAGAGCCAAGAGACCGUCGACCAUACCAAGAAGGCAUAA